CGAAUAAAGUGUUUUUGCGGGGAGUACUUCUUCAUUACUUCAAUAUGAAGAAAAAGGCUGCCGAAAGUCAAAGUAUUUUAGUGGAAGUGUAUGGGGUGCAUGUUCUAGCUGAGCAUACGUGCCAGAAGUGGUUUGCAAGGUUUAAAAGUGGCAAUUUUGACUUGGAGGACGAUGAACGGCCCGGACAGCCAAAAAAGUUUGAAGAUCACGAAUUGGAGACAUUGCUCGACCAAGAUCCAUCUCAAACGCAAGAAGAACUUGCAAAAUCACUUGGCGUCGCUCAACAAACCAUUUCGAAUCGUCUAAAAGCAAUGGGAAUGAUCCGGAAGGUAGGCCAUUGGGUGCCGUAUGAAUUGAAGCCAAGAGACGUCGAACGCCGAUUUUUCGCGUGUGAACAACUGCUUCAACGGCACAAAAGAAAAUGUUUUUUGCAUCACUGGCGAUGAAAAGUGUGUCCAUUACGAUAAUCCAAAACGUCGGGAAACGUAUGGAUACCCCGGCCAUACAUCAUCAUCGACGGCCCUUCAGAAUAUUCAUGGCCUGAAGGUUAUGCUGUGUAUUUGGUGGGACCAGCUGGGUGUGAUCUAUUAUGAGCAGUUGCAACGGAAUGAAACGACCACAGAGGAAGUCUACCGACGACAAUUGAUGCGUUUGAACCGAGCAUUGAAAGAAAAACGGCCAGAAACUGAGACCAGACACAAUUAUGUAAUUUUGCAACAUGACAAUGCUCAGCCACAUGUUGCACAGGUCGUCAAAACCUACCUUGAAACACUCAAAUGGGAUGUCCUACCCCACUCGCCGUAUAGUCCAGACCUUGCGCCAUCCGAUUACUAUCUCUUCCGAUCAAUGCAACAUGGUCUGGCUGACCAGUACUUCUCCGAUUAUGAAGAAGUCAAAAAUUGGAUCGAUUCGUGGAUAGCGGAGAAGCCGGCCGAAUUUUUCAGAAAGGGUAUUCGCGAAUUGCCAGAAAAAUGGGAAAAGGUUAUAGCUAGCGAUGGAAAAUGCUUUGAGUAUUAAAUUUGUAACCAUUUUUUCACAAUAAAGCUUCAAUUUUCGAAAAAAAACCGCACGAAUUAACCAGUACACCUUUUAUUUAUUUCGAUAAUUCACUCUCUUUCAAUACUCAUUGCACACACAUACAAAGCAAAGCGUCAUCGAUGUUAGGUUUUACAACCAGAAGCUGCAAAGACUUCAAAAAUCCUAUUGCGUUAAAGUCACUAUAUUGUGCGUAUGUAUGUUCAACUCUCGAUUACAAUUCUAUAGUUAGGUCACCGAGUGCAGUAGAUUCAAUUACAAGCCAUAGAAUCAAUAGAUCUCCGCUUCAUUUUCAAAUUAGUUAAUGCAAACAUUUAUUGUCCUGGUCUACUUGCCAAAUUAAGUUUUAAUAUUUCAAAUCGUAGCACCAGACAAUCCAAUACUUUUUAUGUACCAUUUCAGUCAACAAACUACAGUCAAAAUGCUCCUGUUAAUAUAUGUAUGUUAUUAAUUAAUAAUUAUAAUUCCGAUCUCUUUUUAUGUACAAGUAUAAAUGCUUUUAAUAUAUAUUUAAAUUGUUACCAUCCUAACUAACUAACUAUUGACAUAACCCUUUAUAAUUGAUAUAAGAUGCUAUUUAACAUACAUACCUAAAUUUGGAUGAUUUUAUUUUCUCUAUUAUGUAAUUAACUAUUAAUGUACAAUUAUCGAAUCCAAUAAACCAGGUCCAUCCGUCUUUUAAUUUACAAUGUUUCCUUUUCGACCAUGAUAACCUCGUGUAAUUUCACAUCGUCAUUUUGAAGUGUAUCAUAUUGUGUUUGUUAUUCAAAAACAAAAGGUACUAUAUUAUCUCUUUAAAAUGUGUAUUUAAAAAAAAAAAAAAAUAAUAAUAAUAAAAUAAUAGUGCUUUAAUGCAGUGGUCGGCAACCAGCGGCCCGCGAGUCUAUUAAAUACGGCCCGCUUUAAAUUCUAUAACAACGAAAUUUAAUUUAAUAUCAUAUCAAAAAUUCAUAUUGUAUAAAUAGAAUUGAACGUUUCUAUCAGUCAUAUUUUAUAAUGGUAGAUAUACCUUGACAGUUAUCGAUAAGAUAAGAUAAGAGUAGAAACAACGAGUGUAUUUGGGUUAUAAUCUUAAUUUUCGAUGGUGUUCAGUAAAAUUGCGUUUUUCGUACGGGUAUGUGCGGUUUGCAUCUUGUGUAGUUUUCAUAAUAUUGUAAUUUCGAUUUUAUAUUUAUAGUGAUCGUUUAUUUGGAUGUUAAUUUAAAUUUUAAACUAAUUAUAAUGAAUGUUAGUAAAAAAAGAAAAAUAGAUUCUGAAUGUCGUGUAUUUCAGCAUAAAUGGAUCAAUCAAUACUUUGUUAUUGAAAAUAAAGGAAGUCAUGUGCCUUGUUUGUCGUGAAUUAAUUUCUGUAUUGAAAGAAUACAAUAUUAAACGGCAUUAUGAAUCCAAGCAUAAAGUUAAAUAUGACUCCUUAAACGAACAGUUCAGAGAAAUUGAAGUUAAUAAACUACAAAAAGCUCUAACGUUACAAAUGUUCUUCAUAAG